AUGAACAAUCUGUGCCAUGUUGACCAGCAUGUAGCACUCUGCCACCUGGCCUCCGAGACGGUCAUCUGCGAAGUCCCGACCCCUUGGGUCGACCAGGGAGUCGAAUUACCGGCCGUGUCCCAUGACCUACUACUACGAGCCGAGGGCCAAGACGUGGUCGCCGAGACGCCUGGAGCGGUCACCCUGCAGAUCGCGGCCGAAGGCUUCCGGCACACGACGAUUUUGAGCCGCGCUCGAUGCGACUUGAUCGACGCCCAGCUGUCCGGAUGCUACGCCUGUUCAUCCGGAGCAGUCCUCCAUUACCGAUGCCACUCCAGCAAUGGCCGCCAACACGCUCGCCUCGUUUGCGGCGAACAUAUGGACGCAGACCUCAUCUGUGACGACCAAGGAACCCCGCAAGACGCUAGUGUGAGCUUCGACUCCGCCGCCGUCGACAUCGACUGCCACGUCAUCUGUCCGGACAGCAACCAAACCAAGAGGAUCCGUGGACGCCUCGACUACGUCGACCACGGCGAUCGAUGGGAAACCUGCACCACUACGACAACGACGGCCUCCCUCUACGCGCGAGUUUGGGAUCUCGUCCUCCUCUCCGUGACCGACUACUUGCCGAUGGCCUUCGCCUGCUUCGCCGCCCUCUUGCUGCUCCCGCGCUUCAUCCGGUUCCUGGCCCGACUACUGAUGUACGCC